GUGAUCUUCUCCAGCCAACUGCCACCUUAUUUUGGUUUCUGUUUUUAAGGUACUGUAGGCUACAGAUAACUCCUCAGGCACGCCCUGCGUCUUGCUUGUGCCAGGGUCAAAAUGUGCACAGUAUUAUAAGAAUCUUUUACUUCAAUAUCAGUCACACUCUUGUUUGAUAGGGCUUUGGGGCUUUUUAUUACCGGACAUAUCAUUUGGCUACAAGACCUACUGGAUACAAUGUUUUUCUGUUACAUAUUUUUGGUGGUUUCUUUGAUGAAUUGUCUGCAGGACUUCCAAGUGUCAAGUUGUGAUGAAAACUGUGCAGAUAAACCCGUAUUCACUCCAUCCAGACUGGUAGUGAAGUUUGGUGACCCAGCCUCUGCCAGCUGCUCUGUGUGUCAGCAUGCUUGCCUCGGCAACUUAUUUGAUGUGGAAAGCCCUGUGGGAUACAAGACAACAAAUGGAACCACGGUUUCAUGGAGGGUUGACAGACUGACUGAAUGGGGCUCACCUCCUAUUUGCUAUUAUAAUAACAAUAUUACUAAUGACCAGUGUUGUACCUACCUGCCUAUUACUGUCUACCAGCCUCCUGAUAAUGUGUCCAUCAGCUUUGUUGAUCUCACUGGGCCGAUGUUUGAGGGUCACCAGUACACUCUGCAGUGUACAGUACAGCAUGUGGCUCCUGUUCAAAACCUCACAGUGACCUUCUACAGAGGACAGACAGCACUGGGUCAACGACUGUCCAAGAAUAACACAGAGAAGAAACCAGUGACUGAGAUCUUCACUCUGAACAUCACCCCGAGUAAAGAAGAUGAUGGAGCCCAGUUCUGGUGUGAUGCAAAGCUAGAACUGGGACCUGAAGGACCACAGCUCCCUCCAGUGGUGAUGUCACAAAACAUCACCACCAUUUUCCAAUAUGAGCCUCAUCUAGUGGGGUCAUUACAUCCAGAUUGGCCCAUAAUAGGUGCUGUUGGUGACCAAAAUAGCGGUGAAGGUCAAGGGCAGAGCGGAAUGGGUCCAUGCUACAAGGUGCAGAGCAGCACCUCCUGCUACUGGAGAGGGCAAGCAGGGACGUGGCAAGUGACAGGAUGGUCACUCCUUCUCCUCUCACUGCUGAGUGGGUUCGGUCAAGGGACCGAGCAAACUAAUCCAAGGAAAUCGGAGCAUGAGGGCUCUCAUGUUCCAGGUGCCGAGCUGAGCCUUGAGCUCGGUAGAACAACAAGCAACCCAGUGAUUGCAACCAUUGUGAGGAGGGUUGAGCCACCACCCAACACUUUGUUACACACCGGUGUGGUGGACAAAAAGUGA